UGUCAUCUGUGGCUAGUGGCGUAGAUAGAGUUUAAGUGGUGAUUGGUGUCUCCGGUAUUGGUGGUUACUGUGUUUUUUGAGUUGUCACCGCUGCCGUCUGCCGAGUUAUUUUAUUUGAGAUAAAAUAUUAGAGAAUCAAAAAAGUUGGUCAGUGUAAGCAUUAGAAGUGCAGGCCCUAAUUAUUAGAUUAUGAAAAAUGAAUCCGUGUGCUACAUUUUCUAGAAUGAUGAGUGGAGUUGGAAGAACACUUUCAAAGAGAAAUUUAAAUGGCUUUAACCUACUACUGGGCAGGAUGAGCACGAACGUGUCGAUACCGAUGCAUAUAAGCAGAGAAAUAGAGACUUUCCAAGAUACGUAUCCAAGAAUUUUUGACACUCUGUCGAAAAAUCCUGGCAUACAAGAAAAUCCGAAGGUGUGCAGCUGGCUAAAAACGGUUCUGGAUUAUAACUUGCAUGGCGGGAAGAAAGCCAGGGGCUUGGCCACUGUGUCCUCGUAUGAAAUAUUGGCGAAACCAGAGAAUGUCACAGAAGAGAUGCUAGAAAUUAGUAGAGUGAUGGGUUGGUGUGUUGAAAUGCUGCAAGCAUAUUUUCUUAUGAUUGACGAUAUAAUGGAUGGCGCGCCCACUCGCCGCGGAGCCCCGUGCUGGUACCGAAGGCCCGAGGUGGGGCUGGGAGCCCUAAACGAUGCGAUCCUCGUGCAGGCCGCCAUGUAUGAUAUUAUCAAAGUGUACUGUAAACAUAUACCCACCUACACCAACAUAUUACAUGAAUUUAAUCAGGCAUUAUUUCACACGUCGAUGGGCCAAUAUUUGGAUUACUCGAUGGCACACAGGAACAAGAGCGACUACACACUGUUCACUCGGGAGCAAUACAGCGCCAUCGUCAAGUACAAGACAUCGUAUUACACAUACAAGCUGCCCGUGUGUCUCGGCAUGCUACUCAAUAACAACACAAACAAAGACGUGCAUCAGAAGGCGGAAAAGAUCUGCUUGGAAAUAGGCCAUCUGUUUCAAAUGCAGGAUGAUUACAUCGACUGCCUCGCGUCAGAGAAAGUCACAGGUAAAGCGGGUACUGACAUCCAGGAGGGUAAGUGCUCUUGGUUAGCGGUUGAAGCGCUUCAGCGAAUGACGGACGCUCAGCGAAAAGUGUUCGUAACUUGUUACGGCAGUCACGAGCCAGCGCACAUCGAGCGCGUCAAGCGGCUUUACGAGGAAUUGGAUCUUACAGCAGUCUUCAGGCAGGAAGAGCGCGAUAGAUACGACGCUAUCGUCAAACAGUCCCAAGCGUUGCCUAAAGACGCCGGACCUUUGCCCGACUUGUUUUUAAAACUAUUAAACUUAAUCUAUGACAGGAAAAAGUAAUGUGAUACAUUUAUUAUUUAUGGUGGGAUAACAUUUAUUAUUUUUAUACGUUACUGUAUAUAGUCUGGUUGUUACCAAAAACAAGUCGCGUGGUUAUUUUUAUACAGGGCAGUAUGAAACACAUCACUAUAUAUAGAUACACUUAGUUCGAGCAAACUAGACGUUGAUACAAGCAGGUUUAGCAUGAGACGCGUGUAGGGAUGACCCCAUCGGGUCUACGAACAAAUCUUCGGUCGAUCUGUUUUGUUCGUAGCUUCGCAAACAUUAAAUGAUACGACAUAAGUAAACUGGGACUUUAUAAUUCCUUUUUAUUAAAGUCACUAACCUAUUAAAUUUUAACAUGAACAUCGUUCGUUCACAUUUAUUUAACAACAUUAUAUAAGUAAACAAAAUUAUUUAUUAUUUAAUUAUUAUGAUCUAAUAACUCUGAAGUGCUAACCCUGACUGCUCUACCAGCACUCACGUUGUCCAUCGCGAAAAUGUUCUACUUAUAGAUUUUUUACUUGUUUUGGUCCCAGUGCAUUGGAUCUUGACGAAAGAGGAAAAAAUAUUAGAAAAUGAUUGGUAUAGGAGUUUUUAUAGGUCGUUUCUCAAGACCAGAACGAACUUAUUGAUUUUAUGAUAAAAAUACAAUUGCUACUCACGUUUUAUGUCUAUAUAUAAAAGAGAUGUAUUGACUCUCUCAGACAUCUUAAAGAUGUUGAGACUUGAAAUUUGGUAGGAAUAUUCCUUUUGCUGAUGAGGACAGCUAAGAUAGGAUUUUAAGAAAUUCCACCCGCAGAGUUUUUUUUAAAUCAUGAACAGAACAAUGUCUGUCAGGUCAGCUAUUAUAGAAUAUAUUCUGUAGUGUCAAAGGUAAGAUAAAUAUAAAAAGCUUAUGGCCCACGAUACACACCAAUUUUAGUUAGGAACGUUCGGUAAAGCACGAACCAUCACUCGUUGUCAAUUUAUUAACAUUCCUGCAUUAGAAUCAUUUAAUAAUUAUUAAUUGUAGCACAAAAAUUCAUGAGAUUUGACUGCAUUAUAUAUAUAUAUUUUAUUACGCAAAAAACUUUUUUUUAACGUAUAUUCUGGUGUUGAGAAAGCGUGAGAAACAUGAGCAUCCCAUUUUAAUUUAAUAUAUAGAAUUGAACAGUUUGCUCGUCAUGGUCACAAUUUUUCGUCAUGCGCUUACGAACAUAAGUGUGAAUUAAACUUUUCUAUUAAUAUUAUUCCAAGGGCGUCACUAAAUGGCGACUGGCGACGCAAUUAACUAAUAUUCAAAGCACCAAAUCAAAACAGCUGUGAUUAUUUAUCAUUGAUAUGUUGACGGUACAUUGUACGUACAGUCAAGAACACACGAAGUUUAACACGUAGUGGGAUUGUCACCUCUAUAACUAUUGUAAUAAGAUCUGUGUAAAGUCCGACGUGUCAAGCUACUUUGGUUCUUGGUUGGGCUCCUGAUAACAAAUACCUAAUAUUCUAAAUGUUUUUCGAAAAUGAAUGUGGGGUUUGAUUUACAAGAUUUUAAAUAAAAUGGCCGAGUUAAAUUGUUUUUUAAAGUUGAGUAAACCAGAAACUUCGACAUAAUAACUACUUUAUUUGUUAUGAAAAACUUGUAAGUUUUCAUCAGGGGCAACUAAUAGCCUAAACUCAUGAUCGGUUUUGGUACAGCCAAACUACCGGACGCGGUCGUGAAGCGGACUAUAUUUGAUAGUGAAUCCCAUUGUCCAUCGCACAAAACUAUUAUUAGUACCGUCCGGAUCAAUUGGUGCGAGGCGCCCACCGAACCGUCCGAUGGACCGGCCGUACCAAAUCCGAUCAUGUGUUUAAGCUAUAACUGUCCGUUAAUUCAAUUAUUUGAUAACAAAAUAUUCGUUGGGAUUAUCAACACGGACCUCCUCCAUCAUAUUAACUAAACAUAAAUGAAAAUGUAUGAUUCACAAAUUUAUGAGAUAUUCAAUAUACUAUAUACAAUAUAUAGGUUUAAAAUGAGAUAUAGUUUUUUACAAGUUACUCUUGACUAAUAUUGACUACACGAAAAGUUCUCAUGCAUGUUAUUAUCUACAUAAUUAUCAUUUAAAUUAUUGCAAUUACCACGAUGGCAAUGUAAAUGGAUUAUUAUAUUUUAAUGUUUCUGUGACUAUUUUAUUAUUUUUAAGAGAUAUAUUAUACUUAUGUUUAACAAACGAGGGUAAUAAAAACGUUUGGUUUUUGUAUACAGUAUGCUGGUGGCAGACUGCUUCUUGGUAUUAUAAAAUAUAUUAUUAUAAAAACUAA